AACACUCAUGAACAGCUGGUUUUAAAUUUGUAAUGAUGUGUCAAUAAAGUGCCGAUAAAUGUUUUUUUUUGCAAAGUUGUUAUUAAAGUACACUUUGAGUAAACAAAAUUAAAUAUGGAUAUAACCCAAAGAUUCAAGGCUGGUGUUAUGGCAGUAAAAGUUCAUCUUAAAGGUGAAUUGGAUAAAAAUCGCAUUUUACCGAAAAAAACGGCGACGUCAGCUCCACGCGAUGAAUUCACCAGGCAAGCCAAAGAUGUUUGCAACAAAGUAACCACAUUAAAAAACGUUCUUUUAGAAAAUCGAUCUGCUUACAUGAGAAUCGGGCAGCAUUUAAAAAGUGCAACACAUAUGAGUGACGAGCAAAGGGAUUUGAUUGAUCGUGAGUCAGAGAAAUUUGUAACGUAUUAUACCCAACAUCUGGCAAAAAUGCGUUCCGACUGGAAAGGUGCGAAGCGAAAGCACCAGGAAAAUAUUCACAUUGAAGCAGUGUUAGAGUUGCUAGAAGAAUACUUGAGGAACGUACAGCAAAUAUAUUUGGAGCAAAAGAAGUACCGCGUGCAGCACGAGCUGGAAACGUACCGCCUUUUAAAACUGGCUGCUGAUAAAAACAAAAUUCCAGUACGUCCUUCAGGUGAAAGUAAAAGCAAAAAGGAAAAUAUAAAAUCAAGUAACGCCGCAGCAGUAAUUUCGAGUGAUGAGGAUAAUUGGGACUUUGAACCUAAUUGGGAUAGCGAUGACGAAAAUAAUGUGCAAUUUCCUGCAACACAAGCCACAGCUACUGAUUCCAAUGAUUCCACUAGCAGUGUAACACUUAAUACAAGUGCUAAAAAAGUAGCUUUAGAUGAGGAUAUUCAAAAAUCGCAACAAUUAGUUGACGAGGAAGAAGAAAAUGCUGCUAAAGAACUGAGCCCAGAAGACGUGCAAGUAUUUGAGCAGGAAAAUAUGCAGUUGUAUCAUGAACUUCAGGGUGUUGCGGAAGAAGUUGAACAAAUAGAGAAAAAUGUCGUCGAUAUUGCACAAUUGCAGGAUAUUUUCACUGAAAAAGUAUCCUUACAACAGCACAAUAUAGAACGUAUUACCAAUGCUGUUAUUGGUACUACAGAGAAUGUCAAAGACGCUAACGAACAGAUCAAGCAGGCGAUACAACGAAAUGCGGGCUUACGUGUUGGCUCCUUAUUCUUCUUACUUGUUAUGUCUUUUGCUUUGCUGUUUUUGGAUUGGUACUACGAUUAGAAACUAAUAUUUAAAACGCCGAACUUUUUUAUACUCUAGAUGGAAUACAACUUUAUCAAAUGUUGCUUUAUUUAAAUGAUUGUAUUUUAAAAAACUUUUUGCAUACUCCAUAUAAACAA